GAGCUUCUCGCGACCUUCCUGCCCUUCAUCUUCAAGAAGGCGGCGAUUGAAGGCCUCCUUCCGCGCGUCGGCGGCUUGCUCCAGCUGCUCCAGGGGGAAGUCUACGAACCGCAGUCCAAGGCCGUUCCCCUAGGGAAGUUUCGACCGAUGAGGAUGUCAUUCAUGCAUCUCGUUGAGAGCUGCAUGCACCGGCUACCUCCUCAUAUCCGAGCCGAAGUAAAUCGCAUCAAGUCGGAGCUCCCUCCUCCCGUUGUCACGCUGCCAGGCUGCAGUAUUCAGGCCAUUCUCUGA